AUGGAGCCGCGCGCCGGCUGCCGGCUGCCCGUGCGGGUGGAGCAGGUCGUCAAUGGCGCGCUGCUGGUCACCGUGAGCUGCGGGCCGCGCCGCUUCGCCGGGAUCCUGCUGGACUGCACCAAAAAGUCCGGCCUCUUCGGCCUGCCCCCGUCCACUCCACUGCCCCAGGCUGAGGACGCCCCUGUCAAUGGCUGCCAGGACCCAGCCGCCACUGAGGGGGACCCAGAGGCGAUGCAGCUGGGAACUGGCCCGCCGCCUCCUCCUCCUCCUCCGCCUUCCUGCCCUGAGCCGCCCCCGCCCCUGGUGCCGCCGCUGCCCGCCGGAAGCCUGCCCCCCUUCCCGCCAUAUUUUGAAGGCGCCCCCUUCCCGCCCCCACUCUGGCUGAGGAACACCUACCAGCAGUGGGUGCCACAGCCACCCCCCCGGACCAUCAAGAGGACAAAGAGGCGCCUGUCCCGCAACCGUGACCCCGGCCGGCUGGCCCUGAGCCCCAUCUGCCUGCGGCCACGGCGGGUGCUCUGUGAGAAGUGCAAGAGCACCCUGAGCCCCCCGGAGGCCGGCCCCGCGCCCCCGGCCACCCCCCGGCCUCGCCGGAGACUGGGCAGCGGCUCCGACCCGGACAGGGAGCUCCGCAAACACGAGGAGCCGGACGGCAGGGGUGACGCCGCGGCCUCGGCCACCCCCAGGAGAAGCAAGAGGGAGAGGCGGGAGGAGGACCAGGCGCGGGUCCCGCGGAGCCCGGCCAUCAAGAUCUCCUACAGCACGCCGCAGGGCAAGGGCGAGGUGGUGGAGAUCCCCUCCCGAGUGCACGGCUCCCUGGAGCCCUUCUGCCCGCCGCAGGCCCCGCAGGGCGCCCCGGACCCCGAGGCGGCUCGGGACAGGCCCCCCGACGGGCCCUCCGCCUCCAUCCCGAAGCUGAAGCUGUCGCGGCCCGUGCCCCCCAGUGCCGCCCUGCCGCCCCCCAAGAUCCGCCUGAAGCCCCACCGCCUGGGCGCCGGUGAGCAGGAGCCAGUCUACAGGGCCGAGCUGGUGGAGGAGCUCAACGGCCGUGGGCACGGCGCCCCGGCCAGCUCCCCUGCCCACCCUGCCUCCGGCUCUGCGCACGGGGGCGCCCUGGCGGACCUGAAUUCAGGAAGCUCUGGGGAGGACGAGGACUUGAAGACGGGUCCCCAGGGCAAACACGGGCGGGACGGCCUGGCCUUUCUCGCCAGCUGCCCGGGGAGCGGGACAGGCUAUGCCCGGGACUCACUGUGGAGCAGCGACAGCCUGGACGAGUCCAAGUCGUCCAGCUCGGAAGUCACGUCGCCGGACACGUGCGACCUCUCCUCUGGCGACGGGGUGUCGGUGCCAUCCACGUCCACGCGAGCGGGGCAGACGGUCCCGCCCCUGACGGUCCGGCUGCACACGCAGAGCAUCUCCAAGUGCGUUACCGAGGACGGGAGGACCGUGGCCGUGGGGGACAUCGUGUGGGGUCACCGACGAUGA